GCGAUCAUGAUGCAGCAGAGCAGCAGCAGUCUCGACGAGGACGUCGAAGCCAGCAAGCGCAAGCAAGCCUCGAUGGCGCCCGAGGGCUGCUCGGUGCGGUUCAUGUUUCUUCUCUGCGCGCCACGUAUGGCCAUCAAUAUGGCGUGGGCGGCGCAGUGGGCGGCGUUCGCGCCACUGCUCGAGUCCCUUCUCUCGUCGUCCAUGGUGCAGCUCGUCCAAGUCAUUGGACCAAUCACGGGCUUUCUCAUUGGACCGAGCACGGGCGUGCUUAGCGACAGCUGUACGAGUCGCUAUGGCCGCCGCCGACCGUUCAUCUUUUGCGGCGCGUGGGCCACCGCGCUGUGCUGGCUCUUCCUCAUCUUCCUCGAUGACAUCUCGUCGGCGCUUGGAGACACGCAAGAGCAUCCGUCGUGGAAGCGCGCCUUGACGAUCCUCGGCUACAUUUGGAUGGACAUUUCCGUGAACCUCACGCAAGUGCCCGUGAACCUGCUCAUUGCCGACGUCGCCGGCGACCGCCAGAUCACGGCCGCGUCCAUCAGCGGCGUGUACGCGAUCAUGGGGUCGUUUGUCAUUUCAGGCUUCGUCAUGGCCUUUGGCGCCGCCGCGACACACCUGCAAGCGUUCCUCUUCAUGCUCAUCGUCAUUCUCCUCAGCACGACGAUGCUGGUGUGCUUCGUCAUCUCCGACAAGCCGUUCGCGCCCGAGAUCGAAGUCCGCACGACGCGUCUUCAGCAAAUUGGCGCUGCCUUCCGAGCCGUGUACGAAGGUAUCUUGCGGCUCCCGCCUCUCCUCCGCAUCUACGGUAUCAUUACGGUGCUCGUCUUGUACGGGUUCACGGCUUACAACAGCGUGAAAGGCCAGUUCUUUGGUCUCGAGCUCUAUCAUGGCGUCGCCAAAGGCUCGGACAACUGCGGCACCAACUGUACUAUCGAGCAAACCAACUUCAACAUGGGUGUGCAGCUCGCGACCGGGCUCACGGAUACGCUCUUCAACAGUACGGGACUCGUCUACCUCGCGUUCCUGCCGUACCUCGUGCGCACGUUUGGCGCCAAGAAUGUGCUGGCGGCGGCACUACUACCCCAAGUGCUCUUUAUCGUCAUGGCCUUCUCGCACGAAGUCGGCGUUGACGUGGCCAUUGCGGUGCUCUCAUCGAUCACGCAAAACACGCUGUUUCCAAUGACGAUGCCGCUCAUCAUCCACGUCGUGGGCUACGGCGAGGCCAACCAGCUCGGACUCUUUGCGGGCGCGCUCAACUCGGCCGUGUGCUUUGGCCAGUUUCUCAACAUUGUGUUGGCGUCAUUGCUUGUGAUGACCGAGAUGGGAUAUCGUCUUCCGAUCCUCGUCGGCGGCGUCCUCUCCCUCGUCGCGUUCGUCCUGACCAUCGCCAAGUUCCACGUGAAGCUCGAAAGCAUGUGA